UAGUUGUAUUCUCAUGGCUUUUUCCCUAUUGUCCCCUUCUCCGAAACCCCUCUCUACCGUCCAAUUUCUCCUUAUAUAUUAUUCACAAACACACCCUUUUUACCAAACAGUUCAAAGCUUCUCUCAAAAUCAAUUCUUUUUUCUUCUCUUCAAUCAAUGGCUACUUCAAGAAAAUCCAACUUCAAUGAUUUCUUGCCUCUUAUGGCUGAAAAACUAGGUGGGGAUGGUUUGAUUGGUGAAUUAUGUAAAGGGUUUCAGCUAUUAAUGGAUAAGGAUAAAAGGGUCAUUACAUUUGAGAGUCUAAAAAAGAAUUCUGCUUUGUUAGGGCUUCAAGAUUUGAGUGAUGAUGAUCUUAAGAGUAUGCUUAAAGAAGGUGAUUUUGAUGGAGAUGGAGCUCUUAAUCAGAUGGAAUUUUGUGUUUUGAUGUUCAGAUUGAGUCCUGAGUUAAUGCAGCAAUCUCAGUUUUUGUUAGAAGAAGCUCUUAACCAAGAUUCUGAGUUUUCAUUCUAACUUUUUAAACAACAAGCUUGGUGAAGGAGGAUCUGGACCUGUUUACAAGGUAAACUUCCAAAUUUGAGAGUUCUGCCUUUACGUUUACGAAGCAGAGGAAAAGCUUAUUUGUUUGGUGGAAUAGAAAUAUGGAAUGAAGGAAUAAGAAGAAGAAUGGGAGAUGUACAUAUAACAUGGUGUUGGUGUUGGUUCUCGCAAAUGUUUUCGUUUGUCAUCUUUUGUUAUGCUAGUUGUCACUUUUCUGUCUUUCAUCUUCAAUGUUCAUUGUCCUAGAAGGUGGAAAAGUAUCCUGAUUUCAGAACGAAAAGAAUUUUAUACCUAAAUUAAACCUUGAAGUAGAGAUGGAGAUGCGCGCCAAUGUUAGGUGGUGCAUGUUGGACUGAUGGCUCUCAUGCUUAUUUCAGAUGACGGGUUGGAGAGUGUAUGCUGUCAAUGGUUGAGGCGCAAGGUGAAUUAUAUACCAAGCACAAUGUGCUGAAAGAACGGGUUUGGGUGGGGUGGGGAGAGGGGGUUCGGUGGGGUUGCAGCACGAGAGCUUGAACUUCUGGUUGGAGGCUUGCUUACAUGCGGUGUUCUUGUUAUCUCUCAGUUUUCGCUCUCCAUUUUUCUCUGCAGCAGAAGGGUUGGGAGUCUAUAUGUGUAAGACAUUGGACUGAGAAAUUGUUAGGGGUUCCCUAGUUGAAAGUUGAAACUAUUGAAUUUGGCUUUUCGAUCUCUUUUUAAGUUUUGUACGAUGAUGACAUGAGUUGAGCUUAAAUAGAAUGUGAGGAUUUAUAUAGCCGACAACAACUUGUUUUGGGACUGAGACGUAGUUGUUGUUGGUUCUCUGUUUAAAGUUUCGGAGCUCUGGUGUCUGUGGAUAGAUCUUC